CAGCGCGGAAGGUUUUCUCGGUUGUGAGGAGUCGUCAGGUCUCCCCGGUACAUACACACGGAUAGGAUCCCCUAGUAUGCGGCCGAUGCAAUGAACUGGAGAGAAUGAGAAACGUACGAAUAUCCACAGAAGCUUUAAUGUAGUUGUAUAUUAACAAACGUGCGCAGUGCUGAUGUUUUACAACACUUGUUUGUCGCUUUACAAGUUUGAAUAGGAGAGAAAGCAAGCAAGCCAGGUAGUGAACUGCUAUUCGGACUGGUAACUAACGUUAAAAGGCAAAUGUUCAGCGACAGCUAGCCAACAACUGGAAUAGGGACAUAAGCGUGGCUCUACACAAAAGGACUCAGACUUGAGUGAGCGACUGUGCGAAAAGUGAGCCAUGCCAUCAGUGAUGGAGCGAUCAGGGUCUGGUGUGCUGUCCCGAAGCAGGGCCAAAACAGUCACGAACGGGAACAGCCAGCACUCUGAGGAAGAGAGCAGUGAUGAGGAACACACACGUGACAGUAUGAUCCGCGUUGGUGGGGACUACCAGGCACAGAUCCCAGAGUUCAAAUCAGACUGUGCAUCCCGUUACAGUGACAAUGACCAGAGGAGCAUGCUGGUCUGGUCACCAAACAGCCAAGUGUCCGAUGCCAUGUUGGAUGAAUAUAUUUUGAUGGCCAAAGAGAAGCACGGAUACAACAUGGAACAGGCUCUUGGCAUGCUUCUGUGGCACAAGCAUGAUGUGGAGAAGUCACUGGCUGACCUGGCUAACUUCACUCCCUUUCCUGAUGAGUGGACAGUGGAAGACAAAGUUCUGUUUGAACAGGCUUUCAGCUUUCAUGGCAAGAGCUUCCAUCGCAUCCAACAGAUGCUUCCAGACAAGCUGAUCUCAAGCCUGGUGAAAUACUACUACUCUUGGAAGAAAACCAGAACCCGGACCAGCGUCAUGGACCGUCAAGCACGCAAGCUCCUUAGCAAGAGAGAAAAGGAUGAGAGUAAUGAUGAGAUUGAGGAAGGAGAUCCAGGCAGUGACAGUGACUUUGAGAUCAAUGCCAGGAAAGAGAUGACAAAGCAGAGCUCUGGAAAUGGAGGAGGAAGUGAUAAAGGUUCAAGCAAGUCUGGUCUGACUCGGAAAGAGAACCAGUGUGCGCAGUACCGUCACCACCCUCUUCGCGCUCGCCGCAGGCCUCCUAAAGGCAUGCAUCUGGAACAGGAGGACAUUGUUGGUCUCUCAGUGUCCACUGAUUCAGGAGCUGUUACUCUCAGACAGCUGGACACACAGUUAGUGUCACUGAAGAGACAGGUCCAAAGUGUCAAGCAAACCAAUAGUGUUCUCAAGCACAACUUGGGUGAUGGAAUCGAAGCCUUAAGACCAUCAGAGCCCACCCAAAAAAUCAACUCUCGCUGGACAACGGAGGAGCAACUCCUGGCUGUUCAAGCCGUCAGGCGAUACGGUAAAGACUUUGCAUCCAUAGCGGACGUGAUUGGCAACAAGACAGUGGCGCAGGUCAGCUCAUUCUUCGUCAGCUACCGGAGACGCUUCAAUCUUGAGGAGGUGCUACGUGAAUGGCAGGCAGAACAGGAAGUGGUGCAAGGGGGCAGCGGGAGGACCGUGAACAUGGAGCUGAACGGGUCGUCAGAUGAUGAGGUGAAGAUGGAUGGCGUCUCUCCGCCUCAUUCUGACAGUCCACUGCCCUCUUCUGAUGUUAGUGUGGCUGGGAACCCCAACUCUGCCCAGUCCUCCUCACCCCUCACUCAACCUCCACCCUUACUGCGCCCUGCACCCCCCUCAGCACCCCCUAGCCUGCUGCGCCAGCCUCCCCCGCUACAGACGCGACCUCUACAAAACCGGACGCCCCACAAUCACCCUCCCCCUCCUCUCAUCAGACCCGCAGUGGUGACCUCGCUCCACCAGGGGGCACUGAGGAACUCUCUAAGUUCCUCCUCUGCCUCUGCUGGACAGCUGCCACCCUCACUAGUGGGGCUGAAGGUGGAAUCCCCCCAGUCACACUGAUCGCCAUGUAGUAUUUGCCCUUUUAUAAUGGUUUAAGACACCCAAAUAGUCAUUUAACAGAGAAUUUGUUUUUACAUCACUGUAAAAGGGCAAUGUGUAGUAAUGCCUCUCAAAUAUAGGAAAAAAACCCCGAGGUGAACUGGAAGCAAAGCUGGACAUGCACCAAAACACACAUUUAGCAAGUCAGGAAGGAUUAAACUGUACAGUGUGAUUCGCUUCUCCACUACAGGACCAAGGAGAACCCUCCAUGAUAUACAUACAUAUAAACCACAGUCUUGCCAAAAAACAAACCCAUCUGUCCUCAGGUUCUACAGCUUUACCUCGUGAACAGUCUCAAGCACAACAGCUUCCACUGUAAUUACAGCUAUUGAAUCACCUUCUGUAAUAGAUGCUCAGCGGAAGUUGGAAGUUUAACCAAAAUUGUGGGGUAAAAACCUUAUACACUGGAAUUAAAAACUGCCACAAAACGGACUGGUGUGAGUUCCUUCCACCAUCUUUAUGGCAACGGCUGCAUAUCAUCUAGUGUGCAUGACUACAGGCACUAGUGAGUGUUCUGAAGUGCACCUGGUGUCAGGAAACUUUGUGUAUACUCACUCUCCCAGUGAAGAGCCAUGUUGAUAGUCAUACUGGGUGAAGCGGCUUUGUUGUUUGUAUAAUUAGGUCUUUAAGAUAUUGUUAGGUAGUGAAUUUAUGUAGUACUAGUUAAUAUUGACUAAGCACUAAGUGAUGCAAAAUACUUGAUUUUUUUUGUUGCAACUCUGGAAUACACUGAUUUCAUCUCGCUCUUAAAGGCACAAACACAGAGGCAUCAAAACACUAAAGAUGAUUCCCGAGGAAGCCCGUGCAAGAGUUCUCGUUUCUUCCAAAAUGUUGUAUGUAUGUGAGAACUGUUUACAUGUGAACUGGAUUUGUUUGUGACUAUUUUUGUUUUAGACUUUUUUCAAAAUAAAGUGAAAA